AUGCCCGCAAGAACGCCGAGGAGAACAGCCCACAAGAGAACGCCGUACAGGCAGAGAGCACAGGAGCAGAAGGAGCACCAGAAUGAAGAGCCAAAUUCCUCGCUCACCGACAUAAUUAAGUACUACAAGGAGAAAGAGACAAUCCGGGAGGAGUACAUCCUCGCCCUAAAGGAGGAGGUCGCCCACUUGAGAAGGGCGUCCCAGGAAAUAGACUACCCAGCCCUCACAGGACUCACAAUCUCAAAGGAAAAGAGCCUCCUCCACUGUAAACAGGCCAUAGAGAAAGAGGGAAAAGUCUCCUCAAUCGCAUUCACUUUGGAGGAAACCCCGGACGGAUACACGUACAAAUACAAAGAGAGCGCAAACAUCGAAGAACUCCCGGAAUACUUAAAGAAGGAAAUUUACUUUGACCAAAACCAAAUAAAACUCUUCUUCUUUAAUGUCUACGAGUGCGUGGCCAGAGAUGAAUAA